UGCAUAGUAGUUGUCCUGCUGUUGCACUGAGCUGUGUGGAGACGGGGGCGCCCGGACAGGCUGACUGGAGGAGCAACAAUAGACGGGCUCAGGGAGAGGUGACAGCGCGACGUGGAGCCACGGAGAGGGCCGCCACUGCGCACCGUGACGACCGCUGGGUGAUAAAGUGGCUCUGAACGAUAGAUCCAUGAUGGUGCUGGUGCACCAAGACAGUUUGCAUGUCCUGGUGGGACAGAAGUUCGUCUGCAUAUUGGGCAAUGACCUCAAGCUUGACCUCAAUGAAGUAACGGAGUGGCCAUGGAAAAGCGGGAUUAUUCGUGCUGCCUCCCAUAAAGAGAUCAACUGUGCAGAAUUGAAGGUUUGUGUGGAGUUUGAAGAUGAACCCUGGGAGAACAGAACGUGGAUUGAGAUAUAUGGGCCACAAGUCCAGUUAUUUUUGGUUGAGCACAGCCUGGCAGUGGCUGAUCGCCAAUGCCCAAGUAACCCCUCGGUAUCUGUGCUCUGCCCAGCAAUGCAAUACAAGACAUUGGUGGGCAAAGUGUCUAUGGAACCCAUGAUGUGCAUACAAUUUCUUGGGGACAAGCACAAGGUCUUCAUGGAUUCAGAAGUUGUGAAGUCUGUACGGGAUCGGGAGAGCUUGAAGCAGUUUAUGCAUGGAAACAGGACUUUUAACAAGUACUUUCAGGAGCUAAUAAGAAAAAAUGUGGAUGAGAGCCGCAUAUUGCAAGGUGCCAAGAAUUUAAUUGGGACGUCUGUACAGGUUUACAGCAUGAGUGAAGGAAUCCAAUGGUUCACUGCCAUGGUGGUAAAUACCAACAGCAGCGUUCGCACUCUGCAGAUUAAAUGUGAUCAGGUCCCCAGUUUAACUAUCAUUGACCCGUCAUUAAUUCAUGUGGAGCUUUUGCAAACUAUUGUGGAUCAAGCUUUGCUAAUUAUUUUAGUGAAAAUCAAGAAACCUCACAAAAGGCCAACUUCAGAAACAACUCCAGUGAAGCCUGAAGCAAAGCAGGCCUGUGUUGAACCAGCACCGGUGAAGGAGCCUGCCCAGAAGCCAAGCUUCAUUACCUAUUCCAGAGAUGAUGGGAAGACAUUGGUAGUGGUGGACAACCCCAAGUCUUCAGGCAAUCCUCUUCUGAACUUCAUGAAGUCAGCUGACAAAGGAAAAGCGGUCUCCAAGCAGUCUGUCCCUGUUGGAUUCGGUGAAGCGUUGCUAGGAUGUACAGCUACAACUCCCUCAAGCCAAACCCAGACUCCCCGUGCUACCCCACCACAAGCCAAUUCUCCACCUAGUUUCGGAGCUGCCACACCUCUAGGGAAGUGUACCCAGGAUUUACCAGGUGAAACCUCAGUCCUGAACGGUGAAGAGAAGAAUUUGUUCCUAAGUGUUGCAGCAUCUCAAGGCAAUAAGGGUCUUGGUUUUGGACUGGACAAGUCCACCAGUCCAUUCUCAGGUGGAGGUUUCUCUUCCUGGGCCAACAAAGCAAAUGGGGAAAACGGACUGAAAUCUGAAAACCUCUUUGCUGCCUUUACAAAACCCUCAACAGUUUUCCCCAAAGGCUUUGAGUUUUCAGUUGAGAGAUUUCCAGAGAACACCCUGUCGGUGACAGAUUCUCCAAAGCUGGCAAGUGCUGAGGCUUGCAAGAACAUGACUCUUGCCGGCGAUAUCAAAAACAAGCCACAAAAUACUCCUGAGAAGCCUAUCAAAGUUGAAGCUUCGUUUUCCAAGAGCCCGAGUAAAAAUGAAGGGGUGACCUAUCCAAGGUCUAUACUAAUGGACCCACAAAAGCUGAAGAGACUUAUGUCAAGUGGGGACUGCUUCGUGCAGGAUGGUUCCUGUAAUGACAUCGCGCCUCAUCUUCACAAGUGCAGGGAAUGCCGUCUGGACCGAUUUGGAAGGAGCAAGGAACAGAGAGAUUCGGCUGUCUUCUGUCGCUUCUUUCACUUCCGAAGGUUGCACUUCAACAAGCACGGGAUGCUGCGGGAAGGAGGUUUUCUUACGCCUAAUAAAUAUGACGCUGAAGCAAUAAACUUGUGGCUUCCAUUACUCAGCAGUGUUAUAGGCUUGGACCUAGACACAGCCAAAUACAUCCUAGCCAAUGUCGGGGACCAUUUCUGCAAGCUGGUUAUGUCUGAGAAAGAAGUCAUGGCAUCUGUAGAUCCUAAAAAACCAGUAGCCUGGAAACGUGCUGUACGCGGCGUGCGAGAAAUGUGCGACGUUUGUGACACGACCAUCUUUAAUCUGCACUGGGUCUGUCCUAAAUGUGGAUUUGGCGUUUGCGUGGACUGUUACAGAAUGAAAAAGAAGAGUAUUAGUGAAGGCAAUGAUGGUAUUGACAGUUUCUCGUGGUUAAAAUGUGCAAAGGGUCAGUUGCAUGAACCGGGAAACCUAAUGCCGACACAAAUUGUUCCAGGAAAAGCACUGUACGAUGUGGGCGAUGUUGUUCACUCUGUCAGAGGAAAGUGGGGAAUCAAGUCCAAUUGUCCGUGUUCCAACAGGAACCAAAAGCCUUUACCUAAACCAGCUGUGAAAGAAGAGAUAAAAGAGAGUUCUUCUAGCACUGAAACCACAAAUGGAACUCUACCCGAGCAAAGUAAGCCUGCUACGCAAGAUGCUUUACCCCUUUGUAGUAAACCGCCUUCUUCAAGCUCUGGUCCUUUAAGUUGGCUGACGAACCUCCCCAACACAAAUGUCAACAAAGAGAACAAAGAUAACCCAUUCACACCGGCAGUGAAGACAGAAAGUAAAACACUACCCUCUUUUGCUAGUUUUGGAAAGCCGGCUGCUCCUCUGCAACCGUUUAGCAGCUCCAUUCUCUCUCCUAUGAGCAGUAAUAGCUCUGGCUUUUUACGGAAUCUCCUCAAUUCUUCCACCAAGCAAGAAAACAGUGAGAAGAGCACUCCGAAGCUCCUUGAUGACAUCUUUGCAUCGUUGGUUCAAACAAAACCCAUGACAGAUCCCGUCAGGCGGCCACAGGGGCUUGCAGUCCAGCCCAGCCUCAUGGGAUUCAAUACACCGCACUAUUGGCUGUGUGACAACAGAUUGCUCUGUCUACAAGACCCCAGCAAUAAAAGCAAUUGGAAUGUGUUCAGGGAGUGCUGGAAACAGGGCCAGCCUGUAAUGGUGUCUGGAGUCCACAAUAAAUUGAACGGCGAGCUGUGGAGGCCUGAGUCAUUCAGGAGAGAGUUUGGCGAGCAGGAGGUUGACCUGGUGAAUUGCAGAACCAACGACAUCAUCACAGGAGCUACUGUUGGGGAGUUCUGGGACGGCUUUGGAGAUAUAUCCAAACGCCUUAAAAAUGACCAAGGGGAGCCAAUGGUUCUGAAGUUAAAAGAUUGGCCUCCGGGUGAAGAUUUCAGAGAUAUGAUGCCCUCUCGGUUUGAUGAUCUCAUGAACAACAUCCCACUGCCCGAAUACACUAGGAGGGAAGGCAAGCUGAAUCUCGCCUCUCGGCUUCCCACUUACUUUGUGCGCCCCGAUCUGGGACCCAAAAUGUACAACGCUUAUGGUUUAAUUACACCAGAGGACCGGAAAUAUGGGACAACCAACCUCCACCUUGACGUGUCUGAUGCUGCCAACGUUAUGGUGUAUGUAGGAAUCCCGCAUGACGAGGGUGAUCAGGAACAAGAAGUGCUGAAGACUGUCCAAGACGGAGAUGCUGAUGAACUGACCAUUAAGCGCUUUGUGGAGUUCAAAGAGAAGCCCGGAGCUUUGUGGCACAUCUAUGCAGCUAAGGACACUGAGAAGAUCAGGCAGUUCUUAAAAAAGGUGUCAGAGGAGCAGGGCCAGGAGAACCCUGCAGAUCACGAUCCAAUCCAUGAUCAGAGCUGGUAUCUAGACAGCAUUUUAAGGAAGAGGCUUCUCCAGGAAUAUGGGGUUCAGGGCUGGGCCAUUGUACAGUUCUUGGGAGAUGUAGUCUUCAUCCCAGCUGGAGCCCCUCAUCAGGUGCACAACUUGUACAGCUGCAUAAAAGUGGCAGAAGACUUUGUAUCCCCGGAGCAUGUGAAGCACUGUUUCUGUCUGACUCAGGAAUUCCGCUAUCUCUCCCACACGCAUACAAACCACGAGGACAAACUGCAGGUGAAGAAUGUCAUCUACCACGCGGUGAAAGAUGCAGUGGCAAUACUGAGGGCAAACGAAUCCAGUCUCGGGAAAGUUUAACACCUUUAGGCCUCUAAUAAUGUACAUUGGAUGGGACUUCCUGUGGCAGCUGGCCUAUGCCCAUCUCUUGUUCUAUGAAGCUUACCUCGUUGCAGCGCGUUCCCAGCACGGACUAGAAGGAAACGUUUACAAUCCCUGGAAUCGUUUGGUGAUUGCAAAACCGAGAUGAACACCCUGGUUAACGGUUCCUCUUUUUUUGGAGUUGCAUUGUCUUACUGCCGAUAAGAACGCUGGCGCGAGACCAGAAGACCUAUGAGUUGUCAGAAAACCAAAACACUUUUUUUAGACUGUACAAAAUAUACCUCUGGUUUUUGGAAUUGCUCCAAAGACGCCGUGUACAUUUGAUUUAAAUACCCUUUUUUUCCCCCUUAAUAUUUUUGCAGGCUUAUAGGGAGUUUACUUCUAGAAGGGGGUUUUGUCUUUGUUUUUU